AGAGAGAGGGAGGAAGAGAGAGAGAGACAGAGAGAGAGAGAGCGAGCAGGUGAAACGACAGGAUGAUCCGUCUGUUGCUGAUGUGUUUCGUCUUCUGCGUCGUCCACGGCAGCAGCAAACAAACAGAGACCGAGACCCCAGUGAUUGAGGAAGAGCUGGUCAGUCCCCUCGAACACGACGAAGACCGCGACCACGACCAGGAAGCUUCUGUGGCUCAAGAUGGAGCGAGAAGCUUCAACCAGCUCCCCCCAGAGGAGAGCAUCCGUCGGCUCGGAAUCAUCUUGGACAGAAUCGACAUCAACAAAGACGAUUUCAUCUCCGUGGACGAACUGAAGAUUUGGAUCCAAACCGCUCGGAGAAACUACACGAAUGAACGAGUGGAGAAGCAGUGGAAAGAUUACGACGCAGACGAGGACGGACUGAUCAGCUGGGACGAGUAUAAGAACGUCUCGUAUGGCGGCUACAUGGACGACCCUCACAUACAAGAGGAUUUCAACUUCACCCACGAGAUGCUGCGGGACGAGCGCCGCUUCAGAGCCGCCGACACCGACGGAGAUUUAAACGCUGACAAACACGAGUUCAACGCUUUUCUUCAUCCUGAAAACUACAGACACAUGAGGGACGUCGUGAUUCAGGAAACAAUUGAGGACUUUGACAAGAACGAAGACGGUUUCAUCGACCUGAACGAGUACAUCGAGGAACUGUUCUCUCCAGAAAACGAUGAAAAAGUUCCAGACUGGGUGGAAAAGGAACGACAACAGUUCUCAGAGUUAAAGGACAAAAACAAAGACGGGAAACUGGACAAACAGGAAAUGAUGGAGUUGAUUUUUCCACCUGAUUUUAACUUCGCUGACGCUGAAGUCAAACACCUGCUGGAGCAGUCCGACGCCAACAAGGAUGGAAAACUGACCAAGGUGGAGAUUCUGGACAAACACGAGAUGUAUGUUGGAAGUCAGGUGACGAACUUUGGAGAAACUUUACUACGACACGACGAGUUUUAGAUCUUUUUGUCUAAAUUGAUUUUAAUUGAAUGUGUCAAAGUUUCCGGAGACGAGAUGAACUGAUGCUUUAAAAAUGAGUUGAUUCAUUUUCUGGAAAAACAAGAUCGACGAAACAAAAACAGCUGUUUUAGUCCAUUUUAUCUAAAAAUGUUCAACAAUGAAAUAAACUGCAGAGUAAAGAAAACGUU